CACUGACGGCUACUGAUAACAUAUACUACCGGUAAAUAAAGAUUUAUGGGAUAUUAUUCGAAUUUGUGUGUGAACCUAUGAACGAAAAAUAAAGUGGCUGAUUUUUGAAAAGCUGAAAUUCAUGUUUUAACUCCACCACAUGGAGAAAGUCACAAACUGCCAUCGUUUACAGAUUAAGUCUACAUUUAUAUAAUGUUAGACAUUAAGACAAGAAUGAUUGAAUUAAAUGACCAGCCGUAAUUGAUAAUUUGUAAAUAUGCAUAAGAAAAAAGAAACGCUGGAUACAAGACUGCUGAAAAUCCUCAAAAAUGGAUAUCCCAAAAUGCAUAAUAUAUGCAGAAAACUGGAAGAAAACGAUAAUGAUAUCACGAUAUUAUCUAGUACUGAGCUUGACGGACUUUGGAAUACUAUAAAACAUUUGUUAAAGGAAUUACAGAACUUAUCGAAACCUAAAGCGAAACCAAAUGGAAACACCGUGAGAUCCAAGGAAUAUAAUGCCUGUUCAAAAACUUACAGCUCAAUUGUUAAAGUUGCAUUACAAACAUUAAAAUUCGAUGAUGUUCCUAAUGUGUUACUAGAUGUCCUGAUUCUUUUGAACUCAGCACUUCCUGAAAUAAGUGACCAAAAGGUGAAAGACGAAUUGUCAACUCUUCUGGAAGAAUGUUGGAAAUUGGAUCCCGACUGGGGGGAAAAUGCAAUAAUUAACGCAUUAAAAUACUUAACCAAAUGUGCACAAACUUCGUUGCAACACGUAAAAAGACUGAACGGUGUGAAACAUGCAAUUCCCCUAUUAAAAUCUUUCGAAGAUAUUCAAAACGUUAUGAAGCUUGUGCGGCAAAAAACUCUUCUUGCCCUGGCAGAAGGAAGAGAAUUAUUAGUUCACUUGUUCUCUAUUAAUGAAGUUUGGAUAAUGGGAAUCUAUAAUAACAUUAGAGUAUCACUGCAAACUGCAGAUAGCAAUUGCGUCAGAGCUUAUUCUGACAUUCUCAUAAAAACAUGGCAAAACACUACAGCUGAGAAUAGGAAAACAGUUGAGGAAUGUUUAAGAAACUUAAUUUUUCAUUGUUUGCGUGCCCAGAGAGAUAUUAAUGGACGAGGCAAACUUGGCGAAAACUUACUGACAUUCCUCCAAUUUUUUCACAGCCAAACGAAUAAUGCCGUUAAGCGAAUGAUUUGUGAUCAAUAUUUAGAAUUAUUAUGGAGGUGUUUGGAGGCUCCUGGAUGUUAUGUAAGGUGCAAUGCGGCAGACGUUCUUUUCUUAGCUUAUCCAAUGAGCGUGACUAAUGCGAUAUUAAAAAGAAACAGUAGUUUGAAAAACAAGUUAUAUUUAAGAAAACAACACAGUGCAAUAACUAAUCUUUUAAAAGACCUGAGUGAAAAAGUUUGUCUCAUCGCUCUCAAGGGGAUGUUUCACGUCUUAGGAAAUUUUUGGGUCAGCUUACCGUCCAAAUUAAUUGACGAAUGGUUGAAUAUUGUUUUGGAACAUACAAAGAGUUCAAACUGUCCAGAAAUUAGAAAAAGUGUUUUUCAAGGUUUAAAAAGUCUUCUGAGCAAUCCGCACAGCAACGGAAAGUUACAGGAAAUUCUACCAAAAUUUGCUGACAGUAUUUACGACACAAAUGAGGAUGUCAAGGCCGAAGUGCUGGAACUCAUUCUGGAAAUGCAUAAUAGAACGAAACUACAGAUUUGGGAUAUCGUACCAUUAAAUUGUAUCAUCGAGUGUCUGGACGUGACUUCCCAUAAAAAAGUAGUAGAUUUGUUUCAUCAGUUGCUCUGGGCUAGGUUUUUUUUUACGAAAGACUUGGAAAGUACUGUUCUUGAAAUAAUUGAUACUGGCCAAGUAAACAUAAAUGUCGUAAGAAAGUUCUUUUUGCACUCAAAGGGAAUAAUUGUGAGCGAGAAUGCAUUUAAAUUGAUAAAUGCGAUUUUGUCCACAAUGACGCACGAAAUGGAAUUGUUACCUGAAAAGGAAAUUAGCGAAGACGUUCGUGUUAAGAGGCAUAAGUCGAAUGAAACAAAAGAAAUAGACUCUCGCGAAAGGUCAAAUCAUCUGACAAAUGGCGUCAAUGAGUUGUCAACUAUUCAAAUUCUAGUCGAUGUGAGUGCACUUCUUUACGCUGUAAACAGCAAAGAAUUUUUGGAGGAUAAAUUCAAUAGUGAAAUGAAAAAAUUGAACUCAAAAAUCGCUCAGAAAAUGCACCAUAUUCUAGAAAAAUUAGAGGAUCAGCAACUAAGCGAGACUGCCGUAUUUUUUCUGUCUCUAAUACCCGAAAAUAUAGUCGAAAAUUGUGAAGAACUCUCCGAAGAGUGUAAAAGAAAAUUAUUAGAUCUAAAUGUAUCGGACGACAUGAUAUUGUCGAUCCUACAUUUACUGGUUAAAUGGAAUAAACUCGAGAGUGUACUCAAGUUAUUACUGUCUUUAUUAAAAGUCGACAAGAAUCUGCAGCUCAAAUUGGCACCUAUUCCGGAAUUUGGAAAACGUGAUAAAUCGGAAGCUGAAAGAAUCCGAAUGUUGAAAUUAGGACUCAGAAUAUUGGAAUUUCUUCUUCGAAAUGAAUUCCAUUCCUUCUUGGUGGAAAAUUACCACGAAAGUAUGAUCGAGUUUUGGGGUGAUCUCAAUUUCAUUAAAACGCUGAUGGAGGACAGAUACGCGAAUAAUAAUGAGAACAGUUACGUGUUGCCGGGCGACAUUUUAAAGGUUUUAUUUAAACAGUAUGUCUCACUGAUUCCGCUUCUUCACCACUCUGAUAAAUUCAGAGCGUCAAGGCAUUUCUCAAAAAUAGUAACGUGGGCUCAAGAGGAAGUUAUACUUCGUGCAUCAGGAGUCACUGAUUUGGAGACUGACGAGUUCUCUAUAAGUAUAUUAAAAUGUCUUUUUGAGACCAGCAACGCAAUGAUAGCUCAAUUCAAAGCUUCCCCGAAACUGUGCUGUGAAAUUAUAAUUUUGUACAGUAAAUCUCUUAUGGCAAAGUGUGGCAUUGCCUUUGUGAACGAUGCUCUAGUCACUGUAUUAAGUUUAUUGCAACUCAGUGGUGAUAUCUGUAGUAAUGCGGAAUCCGACCUAUUGAAGGUUGUUCCUUCUCUUUUCGCGGCUGUGAUGGUCACUCUGACCAAAUAUCCUGUAGAUUUAGUGAAGAAGUAUACGAACAACCUGAAGUCACUCGAGGAUUUGAUAAAGAAUUUAUUUGCUACAAAUAACAAUUCCUUGAAUGGAGAUGCUUUUCGUUUGGGUUACAUGGCAAUCGUUUUUAAUACGGCUGUAUUUUGUCUUAGCAAAGAUUUGGAAAAGCUUCUGAGUGACGAACAGUUCACUUCAGUGGAUUUAUUCCAUCAUGAGUUUCCUUUCAUUUCAGAAGCUAUAGUUAAAAUAGUCUCACGUGGGGAGGGAUUUCAGGACUUCUGCAUUGAAGUCUGGAGCAAAGCUGUUUCAAAAUACAACACGAUUGAUCUCCUGUCGUCGUUACUUAUUAUAAAAAGGCUUAUUAAAUUAAGAAACAAAACGACUCUGAAAAAGAGGGUGAAAAAGAUCAAAAACAUUGUUUCUUCAGCAAAAGAACAAAUUAAAGAAUCUAUCGGAAAAAAUUCUUCCACUGUUCGUGACAGACUUGUUCGUGAUGCAACGAAUAAAAUGAUUCAAGAAAUACUAAAAUCGUGAAACCGUUACUUAAAUGACUGAGCUAUUAGCAUAUAAAAUUAUAUUUCAAAUUUAUUCAGCAUAUUCUAUUAUUGAGGGCGAUGCUUCAAAGAAGUGAAAAAGUGUAUAUUGUAUAUACCAAUGUAAAUAAGAAUACAAGUGAAUUAGCAAUUAAAGGAAGUGUUUAAACUGUUGAUACUAUGAAAUUAUUUAUGUGAGAAAACAAAUUAUAAAAAUUCAUUUAUAUGCUUCGCGUGGCUAGAACCUAAAUUAGGAUCAAUUGAGUUAGUUCUCGUAAGACUAAAAUAUAACACCACUAGUCAAUAGUGAAGAAUACAUUGCAUUUCAUUCUCUACGUUUUUGUAAGGAUAUUAUUAGGUCUAAGGUCAGCUACGAACUACGCACAAAUUAAACUCAGGAUUCAUAUCGAAACUACAAUUCUAUAGGUGAUUAUUAUAUUAACUGUAAAUUGCUGAAUAAUUUUUUGUAAACUUGGGAAUUAUGAACCCGCUAAACCAGUUUUGACAAAUAACUUUAAUACUUUUUGAUAAAUAAUCUUUUAUAUUUUAGCUUAUGAUGAGUAUUCUUUUUUUUUUACUAAUUUUCUAAGUAUUUAGUAAUUAUAAAGCUUAUUAAAAAAUGUACGUAACCGUGUAUGCUUCAGUUUCUGUUUCUAAUAAUGUUCUAGAAUAUAGUAAGUCAAUUUUAUUUACGUUAUUGUUUAUAAUUAUAUCUUUUUACAUCGCAAGACUGUAAAUGAUUUUGCAGAUGGUUUCAUUAAAUGAAAAAAAAAGUUGUGAAGGCGAGUUAUAAUAAAUGUAUAGAAGAAGCUU